AUGACACAGACGCCUUGUUCCGUCAUCACAGAAGGGAUCAAGAGUUUUAAACUUAGCAUUCCUCCCUCAGCUCCAGGGAUGAAUGCCAACAACAGUCUGGACCAGCACCGCGAGGACCGCGACCUGGACCCCGACCCCCUCGGCCACGAGGACCCCGACCCCCACGGCCACGAGGACCCCGACCCCGACCCCCACGGCCACGACCGCCACGGCCACCACGACCACGAGGACGAGGAUGGGGACGGGGCCGGCGGCCGCGCGUGGCGGGACUUCCAGGGACGACUGGGGGCCGAAGCCAGGUUCAUUCCCAGGUGGUCUCUUUUGAAUUUCAGAGCCCAAGACCAGGCAGCCCUGCAGCUGAGUGAGUUGGAAGAGGAAAUGGAUCAGAGGAUUCAAGCAGCAGAGCACAAGACCCGGAAGGAUGAAAAACGCAAAGCUGAGGAAGCCCUCAGUGACCUCAGACGUCAGUACGAAACAGAAGUAGGAGACUUGCAAGUGACCAUUAAAAAACUGAAGAAGCUUGAAGAGCAAUCCAAACAUAUAAGUCAAAAGGAAGAUGUGGCAGCAUUAAAAAAACAAAUUUAUGAUUUAUCAAUGGAAAAUCAGAAAGUUAAGAAAGAACUUUUGGAAGCACAGACAAACAUAGCUUUUCUUCAGAGUGAACUAGAUGCUUUGAAAAGUGAUUAUGCCGACCAGAGUCUGAAUUCUGAAAGGGAUCUGGAAAUAAUCCGAGAAUACACAGAAGAUCGAAAUAGUCUUGAGAGACAAAUUGAAAUACUCCAAACAGCUAACCGUAAGCUGCGUGACAGCAACGAUGGCCUCAGGAGCGCCCUGGAGAGCACUUACAGCAAGGCCAGCAGAGCCGUGCGCCUAAAUAAUAUAUCUCCAGGGAAUACAAUUUCUAGAAGCAGUCCCAAAUUUAGUGGCCAUUCUCCUCAACCUGUGGGUUAUGACAGGUCGUCCCGCUCUUCCUAUGCGGAUGAGGACUGUGACUCCUUGGCACUCUGCGAUCCCAUGCAGAGGAUGAAUUACGAAGUAGACAGCCUGCCGGAGAGCUGCUUCGACAGUGGCUUGUCUACCCUACGAGAUUCCAAUGAGUACGACUCCGAAGCAGAAUACAAGCACCAGAGGGGGUUUCAGAGUUCCCAUGGGCUGCAGGAGAGCUUCAGGGGUGACGCUUCGGACACAGAUGUUCCUGAUAUAAGAGAUGAGGAAACAUACGAUUCGGAGGACAUGGCCUCUGUCUUAGACUUGAAGCCGCAAGGGGCUGUGUGUGAAGGGAACACUGGUAGCUCCUCCAGAAAGCCCGUCCUGGCCCUUUCACCUCAAACAGACAUGGUGGAUGACAACUCUAAACCACUCAGCUCUCAGAAAGCUUACAAAAUCGUGCUGGCUGGGGAUGCUGCGGUCGGGAAGUCAAGCUUCCUCAUGAGACUCUGCAAGAACGAAUUUCGAGGACACACAAGUGCCACCUUGGGAGUGGAUUUCCAGAUGAAAACUCUCAUCGUUGAUGGAGAGCAGACAGUCUUGCAGCUCUGGGAUACAGCUGGACAGGAGAGAUUCAGAAGUAUUGCCAAGUCCUACUUCCGAAAAGCAGAUGGUGUUUUGCUUCUGUACGAUGUUACAUGUGAGAAAAGCUUCCUUAAUGUACGAGAAUGGGUAGAUAUGGUUGAGGAUGCAACCCAUGAGACCAUUCCUAUCAUGCUGGUAGGAAACAAGGCUGAUCUUCGUGACACCGCCACUGCCGAAGGACAAAAAUGUGUCGCAGGAUAUUUUGGAGAAAAACUGGCCAUGACCUACGGGGCGUUGUUCUGUGAGACAAGUGCCAAAGAUGGCUCCAACGUGGUGGAAGCUGCUCUGCACCUUGCUCGGGAAGUGAAGAAAAGGACGGAGGAGGAUGACAGCAAAUCCAUCACCAAUCUGGCCGGGACUGGUUCCAAAAAGUCUACUCAGAUGAAGAAUUGUUGCAAUGGCUAAGUCCCAACCAUCCCUGAAACGUCUUCAUUUCCACCACACUGAGUUCUGUGACUCAUUGGUUCCUAAUAGGGUGUGGCGUGCGAUGGAGAGUGUGGACUGCGCU